CCUCCAUCUUGCUCGGUCUUGACUCGUGCUGCUUGCGGCCCGCCGACCCGGCCUGCUCUUCCUCUUCCUCGGCUUCCCCUGCUCUCCCGUCUCAGCCUCUGCUUUUCUCUGGCAGGCUGUACAUCACCGCCAAUCCCUCAACUCUAUCGGAUUCCAUCUUGCUUCACACCCCCCGGUUCCCACCCCGGUUCUCACCCCACCCCGGCUCUCCCCGCUGACCAUCGUUGUUCUGGCUCCAGCCUGCUCCACUCUGUCUCGGAUUUAACCUUGGACUCUCUCCAGGCAACCUCGAGCACGUAUCUCUCAUUCCUCCCGCCUUACCGUUGCCGCUGCCUCCAGAUCCGCCACAAUGAAUCCCGUUGCACCGAAACCCUCAUACAUCGUCGAUACCUCCUCGCUCUUACACAAGAGCAACUCGGUCGAAGUCAUUGCCAAGCUCAACGCCCUCGCUGCUCGCCAUCAGACUGCUAGCCCAAAAAUCACGAUCGACGAUGCCCCCUCGCCGUCCCCUUCGCUGAAGACGGGCGGCCCCGAUACCCCCAUCUCGGUCCUGCCUCCGCCGCCUCCCCCAACCCCGGUCAACGCGAAUCACUAUCCCGGACUCUCGGUGUCUUCCCUGAUCGAGUCGCUGUCAAGCCAGAGCCUCGAGGACAGCACCUCGGCCGCCUAACCACUCCUUCCCUCCUCUACGACAGACCGCUUUCCGUCUGUGCUGUGGCUGCGAUUACCCCGCUCUCGGCACUCGUCAUCUCCAUUCGUAUUUGCCAUCACAACCCUU